AUGCUCUCCAAGCUACUGACGACGGUCUUGCUUCUGGCUGCCCAAGCCUACACAGCGGAUGUGUCCAAGCUAUUCCACUACGAAUUGGGACUCAACGGGACUGCACACCAAGCGGAGUUCCUGGAGCGCACCCACGCCGGAUACAGGCUCACCUACGUGAACGGGUACUACUCCCCCGAGCAGGAACAGACUCUCUUCUCCAGCAUCUGGGAAAAGACGAACGCUGCCGCCGCCGUCCCCUGGAUCAGCCGACACGGGCUCACGGGUACCCAGUACACCGAUCUCUCCACCGAGCUCCGGAGCAAGAACUACCAUCCUGUCGUCCUCAACGGGUAUAACCUCAAGAACGGAGAGAGACGAUUCGUCACAAUCUGGGAGAAGUCGCCAAUCGGUGUCUGGACACAGUCGGUGGAUCUGACAACGGACCAGCUCAAGGAAAAGGUUGCCGGCCUGUCGCCCCUGCGCCUCACCUCCCUCAGCGGCUACACGAUCAACAAUGAACUGCGCUAUUCGGCCACUUGGGGGGAGCGCACGUCCGCGGACUGGAAGGGGGAGUGGCUCUACUACACCAAUCGAACCGGUGUUUUGAAUGUAGGAGUGGAUGCCGCCGAGUGGAAGCCCACGUAUCUUCAUGCGCAUUCGGUGGAUGGGGAGCCCGUGUUUGACUCGGUUUGGGAGAGAUAUACCGGCCCGGGCUAUGGCGUUCGACUUUGGUAUGAUGAGGGUAGCUCCACCGCGGAGAUGUACAAGACGUUUUUCGACAGCAUGACCAAACGGGGAUAUAAGCCUAGAAUGUUGACUGGUCAUUAUUCGAAGGAAUGUGGGGUGCGAUAUGCCGGUGUCUUUUAUUGA